ACAACGGUGUUCUUCAAAAUAAAUCGUACAACAAUGAAUGUAAAUAUCGUCAUCGUACUGAUUUUACGGAUUUUAAUUAUCGACGGACUUGAUGGAGAUAAAACAUAUGUUAAAAAAGAUUGUCGCAACAACAUCGAAGAGGGAGGAUCAAUAUGUACUGAUAUUGAAUACAAAUCUCAUUUGGAUAAUUAUGACAUUACAACAAUUUAUAAAAGAACACUGGUGAAUAAUGAUGAAAAUGCAUUCAAUGCUGAUACUCUCUGGAACCGUGACGCCAAAAUUCAUUUGAGAACAAAUGCUAUUGGUAUGCCGAUUAACUUAGAAGGAUCCAUUAUGAGUUCUGAUAAGAAAAGUUUAGAAUUCAUAGCAGACGGAAAAUAUCCUGCAAACUUAAACAAUAUUUUCACACAAAACCAAAUUGAGUACAACCCUGAGAAUUGGACCAUCUCGACACUAUCUAUGUUUAGUGGAGCAGAAACACCGAAGAAGUUCUAUUAUGAUUUGCUCUUAUGGAAAGCUAAUACCAAUGAAGAAUCUUUCAAAAUUAAAUGGAAACAAAGAAACUCGAUAAAAAUGUGUAUAUCAAUAUCAUAUUUACUAGAAGAUGAAUCGAAAUGUACAUUAUCAGUGGAAUUAACUAAUGGAGAAAAUUUAAAAAAAUAUAUCAUGAAUGCUUAUAAUAUAAAAGAAUCGAAAGAAUUAAAAACAUUGUUGAUAAAAAGUAAUAAUUGGUUACAUGAAAAUGAAACAUAUAGUAUAAACUUAAAACUCAAUAAAAAAUUGUCAAAAGUCAGAAUGUAUUACGAUUAUUACAUCGAAAAAAAUGUUUAUAAGACAGUCGAUGCUGAUGGUUGUAAGAUUGGAAUCAAACGUAUAGCUCAGUGCUUAGAUGAGUAUGAAAACGAAGAAAUAUUGACAAUAAAUACGGCAGAAUUAGAAAAACAUUCAACAAUAGUCGUCGGUGUAUAUCCGUUUGAAUUUUCAAUUUAUGGACAUGACGAAAUAUCUAAUUCACUGUCAUCGGAGUGCCUUAACGGAGGAGUUCCUAGCAGAAACGGUUGUACGUGUCCUACCGGCUUCAAAGGCAAAAACUGCGAACAUGGAUGUGGACCGAACAAGUUUGGCGCUGACUGCACUGGAAUAUGUUCAAUACAUCAAUCGCAUUGUCGACAAAUGAAGAUUUGUACCACAGAAUUUGGGUGCAAAUGUCCAACAGGAUAUAGCGGUCCCCACUGCACGGAAGAAUGUACAAAUGGUACGUACGGCGUUAAUUGCAAACAACAAUGUCCAGAAGGAUGUCGAUUAAAAUCAUGUGACAUUUACACAGGCAUUUGCAACAAAGGAGAAUGUAUUACAGAAAGUUACAUUGCACCAGAUUGUAAAGAAAAGUAUCCGUGGCUCACAUCUCCGCCACAACUAGAAACGUUAGAUUUUAGGUCUGCAAAAUUAAAAAUUGAUUUUAAUUCAAAAAAUAUACAAGGCAGUCACAAUGUUAACUCGAUGUAUUACCAACUCGUAUUUAAGAUCGCUUCAAACGAAUCGGAAUUUCAAUACUUAGAACUAAAAGAAAUUGGAGAACAAAAAUCCGUAAUUGAAAUCAUGGACAAUCUCAUACCCGGAAUACCGUACACCAUUGGUGUCAUCCUAGUUUCAGAAGACGGAAAUUACAACACAGAAGAUAUCAAAACGGUCAAUUAUUCCACCAGCUGUCUAUUCGCGAACAGUACAAGCUAUGGUGUUAAAUUGUCGAGUGGCACAGAUUAUAUCAAUGUUACUUGGAACGAGCUUAAUGAUCAAGUUGAAGGGGACUGCAAAAUAACAGAAUAUAUAUUGAAACUGAUGUAUUAUAUAAAUGAUUUACAAAAACUUAGUUACUCAGAAGAAAAAAAAUCCAAUAAUAAUCAUGGAUAUAAUUUUGAAAAUCUACUACCCGGUGAAAAAUAUGCAAUACAAGUAACAGCAAUAACGGCAGCAGGUCUGGCUAUACCAUUAGAUUUGUCAUACAUUUACACCGAGCCUUAUGUUCAAAUAAAAAACAUAAAGUCCAAUUUAAAUCAAAGUCUAUCAAUGACAAUAACGUGGGACGUUGAUGAAAGUUAUGCAUAUACGCCAUUAAAUUUUGAAAUUAAAUACAAAGUUAAUAAGCAUUUUAGUUGUUCAAACAAAGUCAUUACAAACAACUGGACAUCACUGUUAGUUUACAAUCAAACCAGACAAACAAUCUCGGGAUUGAUAUCAAACACGCAGUAUGUAAUAAAAGUUGAACCCAAAAUUAAAGGAUAUACUUACGACGACUAUUCUAAUAUGAUUUAUGUGAAAACACCAAUCUCUAAACCAACAUUAACACCUUUAAUGAAUGACGAAAAUAGUUCGUAUAUCACCAAUCAGAGUGCAUACUUCAAUUGGAAGAUAAAUAUGACAGAAUGUUCUAAACUAAAUGGUUUCUUUCGAGGAUACCAGGUCAUACUAAAAGAUAUAGUCGAACGCACGCAAGUAGCUAAGUCAAUUAAAGAAAACACGGUGAACUACAACGGAUUAAAACCAGACACUAAUUACGAACUGCAAAUAUACGUAAUGACAAAUCAUGGAUACAACUUGGAACAAGGAUUGUUAAUACCGUUCAAAACCAAAACUAAAUUUUUAGUACCAGUGAACGAAUUAAUAGUUUACAAGAAAAAUUUAAAGAAAAAAUCGAUUGGAAUCAGAUGGAGUUACCCCAAUGAAAAUGAUAUGAAUGGUUUUAUCGUCAUCGCAAUCGAUGAGAAUUUGAAUAAUACAAAACGAAUUAUUAUAGAACCCGCGGAAAGAUGCGUUGCUUGGCCAAAAUUUUAUUGCACUACUUUUGAUAACCUUAUACCCAACAACCAGUACACCAUAAAAGUAAAAGCCAAAUCACUAGACUAUCCAACAGGUGGUUCGACGUCAUCGGUCGUCACUAAUUUCAACGAUGGAUUUGCAGGUAAACCGGAAAAUCUCAGGACAACAAGCGUAGGCUCCACGUACAUUUCCCUGGAAUGGGGUAUUCCAUAUAUACUCAACGGUGUAUUGAAAUCGUUUAUAGUGAACAUCGAAGAGGUUUCAUCUCAAGUCAUCGAAAAAUGUUGUGACAGAAAACGAGACGUAGAAAUCCCAGUAACAGAAGAACACCCAACCUAUAAUUGCACGAUAUUUGAUUUAAAGCCCGGUUCCACUUAUUCGAUUGAUGUAUUAUCAAAGACUUCGUCUAAUGGUCAAACUAGUAAUAUACACGUGAAGACUGUGCAGUAUACUUUUGUGGCUGCUACGGGUGUUGAACACGUAAAUCGAAUACAACUCGAAGCAAAUACACCCUCGAACAAAUCUAAUGUAAACUUAUAUUAACGUAAAAAAUAAAUUAUAUCUUUGAUUAUAA